AUGGCAACAAGCAAAAACCAAAUGACAGAGAAAGGAGAAUCAGCAGGCAAGUUCCCGUUACGGGCGAAGAGGCAUGUGUUGCAGUUUGGCAGUAUGAUCAGAUGUGAAACUGGCAGAUCAGCUCUUAAUUAUCUUUUUUAUGGUUGUUACUGCGGUUUGGGUGGAAAAGGAACACCUGUAGACGGGGUUGACAGGUGCUGUAAGGAGCAUGAUGACUGUUACCUACGCGUUAAAGACUCCGAAAUCUGUUUUUUUAGCUUUGAUGUUUACAUCGAUGUUUACAGAAGGGUCGGAUGCAGCGGAUGUGCUAGUAGACCAAGCAAUAAUGCAUGUGAACUUGCCAUCUGCAAAUGUGACAGUACUGCAGCUAGAU